CUUAAAACCAGCCACUAGGAAGAGAGAAGAGAUUCGGAGGAUCACAUUGAAAGAUUUGCCGCCGAUCGAGAGCCGUUGAGUUUUGUGAUCGGAAGAAGAAGAAAAUGAGUGGAAGCAGAAGGAAAGCGGCGACGCCGGCGAGUAGGACGCGAGUAGGGAAUUAUGAGAUGGGAAGAACUCUAGGAGAAGGAAGCUUCGCUAAGGUGAAAUACGCGAAGAACACCGUCACUGGAGAUCAAGCCGCUAUCAAAAUCCUUGACCGAGAAAAGGUCUUCCGUCACAAAAUGGUCGAACAGCUUAAAAGAGAGAUAUCGACAAUGAAAUUGAUUAAACAUCCAAAUGUGGUUGAAAUCAUUGAGGUUAUGGCGAGCAAAACGAAGAUCUAUAUCGUUCUUGAGCUUGUCAAUGGAGGUGAACUCUUUGAUAAAAUCGCGCAACAAGGGAGACUUAAGGAGGAUGAAGCUAGGCGAUAUUUUCAGCAGCUCAUCAAUGCUGUGGAUUACUGCCACAGUCGAGGUGUCUACCACAGAGAUCUCAAGCCUGAAAAUCUUAUCCUUGAUGCAAAUGGGGUUUUAAAAGUCUCUGAUUUUGGGCUAAGCGCCUUCUCACGACAAGUUCGGGAAGAUGGUUUGCUUCACACAGCUUGUGGAACGCCAAACUACGUUGCUCCUGAGGUUUUAUCAGACAAAGGCUAUGAUGGUGCAGCAGCAGAUGUCUGGUCUUGUGGUGUUAUUCUCUUUGUGCUCAUGGCUGGUUACUUGCCUUUUGAUGAGCCAAAUCUCAUGACAUUAUACAAACGUAUAUGCAAGGCUGAGUUUAGCUGCCCACCAUGGUUCUCUCCAGGUGCCAAGAGAGUCAUUAAGCGUAUUCUCGAACCCAACCCUAUAACCAGAAUAAGUAUUGCAGAGUUACUAGAAGAUGAAUGGUUCAAGAAAGGGUACAAGCCGCCAUCGUUUGACCAAGAUGAUGAGGACAUAACCAUAGAUGAUGUUGAUGCUGCUUUUAGUAACUCCAAGGAAUGUCUUGUAACAGAGAAGAAGGAGAAACCGGUAUCCAUGAACGCUUUCGAACUUAUCUCUAGCUCAAGCGAAUUCAGUCUUGAAAACUUGUUCGAGAAGCAAGCGCAACUUGUGAAGAAAGAAACGCGGUUUACUUCUCAAAGAUCUGCCAGUGAAAUAAUGUCGAAAAUGGAAGAAACCGCAAAGCCAUUAGGUUUCAAUGUCCGUAAAGACAACUACAAGAUAAAAAUGAAAGGAGACAAAAGUGGUCGUAAAGGUCAGCUCUCCGUAGCUACAGAGGUGUUUGAAGUGGCGCCAUCGUUGCAUGUGGUAGAGCUUAGGAAAACAGGCGGUGAUACCCUCGAGUUUCACAAGUUCUACAAAACCUUCUCUUCUGGAUUAAAGGAUGUAGUCUGGAAUACUGAAGCAGCCGCUGAAGAACAAAAGCAAUAAGAAAUAGCAAGUUGUUCAAUUCAAUGGUUUUAAUUAAAGUUGAACAUUUAU